AUACAAUUACAAGUUUAAGCAAAAUGAGAAAUUUUGGUCUGUUGCACGCUUGCUGUUAUCGAUGUCAUGUUUGUAUUCGUGAUCGAGAGCUGUCGGAAGGGAUUGUAAGAGGAAUUUUUGCGAGUUUGUUUGAAAAUGGCGACGAAGCAAAGUAACGUUAACGAGAAAAGAAAACAUUUAAUCCCACCUAAUGUAGAAAGGAAAGAAAAAUCUCGGAAAACUUCAAAGACUGAUAGCACAAUUAAGGAAGUCAUUACUAUUAUUAACUUAAGCGAGAAGAAAAAUGCUGUUUUGUAUAGUGCGUCCGUAGUCUCCUUAGCAUUUGGGUUAGCGUGCUUACAUGUUUACCACGUCGCAUCCAUGUUUGAAAAUGACCGACAUUUUUCGCAUCUUUCCACGCUGGAAAGAGAAAUGACUUUCCGUACUGAAAUGGGACUUUAUUAUUCCUACUACAAAACUUUGAUAGAAGCGCCAACAUUUUCAGAUGGUUUUUAUCAGAUUACUCAUGAUAAUUUAACUGAAUUUCCAUCUGUUAUCAACACAUUGCAGAGGUUUAAUUUAUAUCCAGAAGUAGUGAUUGGUUUCUUGUACCGAGCAUUCGUGGCAGUGACGGACUGGCUAGGUUGGGCCACGAAGCAGUGUUGGCAAGUGGAGAGAGGCCUAGGGUUACCCCCAGUUACUAGUUGUGAGGGCUUAGGUGACCCAGCAUAUUUCUACCUAGAAAUAGUGUGGCUGUGCGCUGGUCUUACUAUGGCUCUGAUCUUCCUGUAUGGACUAUUUAUAAGUGGGUCUUUGGCAGGAGGCCUGCUUGCAGUUGCGUGUUUCUUCUAUAAUCACGGUGAGUGUACACGCGUACAGUGGACGCCACCAUUACGAGAGAGCUUUGCCUAUCCAUUCUGCCUCCUUCAGAUUAUCUGUGUUACUCUUUGUUUGCGUAAACGUGAAAGCAGUUUAUCAGUGAAAUCAUCCUUUCUAAUGCAGCUCCUCACUAUCUCUGGUUCAACUUGGCUGUGUCUAAUUCUGUGGCAGUUCUCUCAGUUCGUCCUUGCAACGCAGACUGUUGCGCUGGCUGCUAUGUUUAUUAUUGGUGCAAUUGAUAAACACUCACUGCUUAUUGUCCUCUUUGGACAGGGUCUCGGAGUUCUUCAAGCAUCUAUUUCUUUGUAUGGCAAUGAAUUCCUCCUAACUUCAGUUUUUACUUGUAUGAUUACGUCUUUAUUGGUCGUGAUGCUUACGUUGGAGCCAGCUCUGACGCUGUUCAACUGUCUGCCACGAGGGUUGAUGUUGGCUUCUCUCUCACUCUUGGGAACAGUUACACUCAAAACACGCUUGUCCCACGCCCUCGGCAACAAGGAUGACGGUCACAUUAUCAACAUUCUGAAAUCAAAACUAACUGGUUAUCGGGACUUCCAUACAUUACUUUAUACAUGCUCUGCUGAGUUUGACUUCCUUUCUACAGAAACUGUAUGGAAAUUGACAGAAACUCUUCUGUUGCCAGCUGUAGGUUUGGCACUGCUGGCAGUUGCUUGGCACUGGUUGGCAAAUUUCUUGUCCAGUCCCAAAGAAAAUGAUGAUGAUAGAUCAGAAUGUCGCCUAGUGCAUUACAUCGAGCCAGAAAUUCUGUAUAACAUCCUUCAGCUUGCAGCCUUCACAGUUAUGGCUGGUCUGGUAAUGAGGCUGAAACUAUUCUUCACUCCACAGCUGUGUGUACUUGCUUCACUGCUGGCCUCUAGGAGAUAUUUCAGAUUUCUGCGGACUGAUGUGGUUCGCUGGGCCAUUUUGGCUGUUCUAAUCAGUGGAAUGAGUGUGCGAGGAAUUCAUAAUCUUAGUGAGCAGAGAAGUAUAUUGGGUGAGUAUAGUAACGUCGCAUUUGAGGAGCUGUUAAUGUGGGUUAAGUCUGAGACAAGCCCCACUGCAGUGUUUGCUGGUCCGAUGCCUGUUAUGGCUAACCUCCUGCUGUCUACAAGAAGACCGAUCGUCAACCAUCCGCAUUACGAAAAUGCAGAAUUAAGGGAGCGAACAAAGAAAGUAUAUUCAGUUUUCAGCCGGAAAACUCCGCAAGAAGCGUUCAGGAUCUUGUCCCACCUUCAAGUAGAAUAUGUAGUACUCGAGGAAUCGUGGUGCUUUCAGGAAUCCAGAAAUGGUUGCAGCAUGGUAGAGCUCUGGGAUGUCGAGGACCCACAAAAUGCUCGCAAUCCCGCACUGUGUCCGCAACUGUUCGUCCAGAGUCCUGCGCCGUUCCAUCGUGUCUUUGCCAAUGAAGCGUACGUGGUGUUGCGACUGCACAGUCAAUAUGUGGAACUGAAGCCUCUCAAAACAUAUAAACUGUAAGCUGUUUCGAGGUGUGAAAGACUCGCAAAUUUCUUGAAACCGAGAGACGAGCGAGUUUCUGAAGUAGGGAUUUCCAGUGCGAGUGGCCCUCACGACAUUUCUUUCGGUGGAAUAGUGACGUCCGCAAAUUAUGCCUGGUAGAUGGUUUGAAGAUUUUGUUCAGUCUGCACUGCGAAUAAAUGUGCGUGACCAGAGCGCAUUUUUUUCCCGAAUAAAUAAUGUUUAAGUAAUUGAA